AUGCAGUUACUAGUAGAUCUGUUGGAGGCUUCGUAUAUUCGAGGACUGGAUCCGCCAGGGAGAUAUCGGUCAAUUGCCUGCUCCACUACGGUCUCUGAGGCUCCCCGGGGGAGGAUACACAGACGGUCUUAUCAUAUCGAGGACGAUGAGAAGCAUAUGUCAGAAAAUGAUCCACAACAGGCUAUAAGAGCUACUGAGCCCACAGCCACUGCAAAUGAUCAGGACGAGAAGUUCGUCGCUGAUGAGACGGCUGAUGAGACUGUUGACGAGUCGGACACUACUGGUGCAGACGGGGAGUUUAAAGAGGGUGGGUAUGGCUGGGUUGUCGUCUUUUGUGUUUUGUUCAUCAACGCACAUACAUGGGGAAUGAACUCAGCAUAUUCCGUAUUCCUAGCAUACUAUCUCCGGACAGACACUCUAUCAGGGGGAAGCCCGAUUGCAUACGCUUUUGUCGGCGGACUUUCCUUGUCAAUAGGUACGAACAACGAGCAACGCGUUGCAUUUUUCUCUGGCACAUCUUGCAUUCGCUUGUACGGAACUCAAACCACCCUUUUCAUUGGUGUCGUGCUUGAGACUGUUGCCUUCAUUGGUGCCUCCUUCACGAGCCAGAUAUGGCACUUGAUCCUGAGUCAGGGCAUUGCCUUCGGCUUAGGCAUGGGCUUUCUCUUUGUUGCGUCUGUACCCGUUGUUCCUCAGUGGUUUACGACGAAGAGAUCAUUUGCGAAUGCAGUUGCAGCCAGCGGGUCUGGUUUUGGAGGUGUCUGUUACAGUCUCGGGACAAACGCUAUGAUCAAAAACAUCGGUCUACCGUGGGCUUUUCGCAUCCUAGCCAUUCUCGCUUUCGUCGUAAAUGGCAUCUGCAGCUUGCUCAUCAGAGAUCGAAAUAAGCAAGUCGGCGCCGUUCACGUGGCUUUCAACAAAGAGCUUUUCAAGAAGAUUGAAUUCUACAUGUAUAUCUCGUGGGGCUUCUUUUCCUUGCUGAGCUACACGAUCGUCAUCUUCUCGCUUCCGGACUAUGCUCAGACGGUCGGCCUUUCAUCUUCUCAGGGCUCCGUUAUUGCUGCUUGUUUCAAUGCUGUGGGGCGACCCCUGAUUGGACUCAUCAGUGACAGAGUUGGACGAAUCAACAUUGCUGCCCUCGGAACUCUUGUUGCUGGUGUGGCGGCUUUCUUCAUCUGGAUCUUUGCUGGUAAAUAUUAUGCAGGAGCAAUCGUGUACGCUCUCUUGGGUUGCUUCGCUGGUCUCUUAUGGGCCACAAUAGCUCCAGUUGGCGCUGAGGUCUUCGGCUUACAACUCCUUCCGUCAGCCUUGUCUGUCACCUGGCUUGCUCUAGUUCUACCCGCGACGUUCGCCGAAGUGAUUGGUCUCAGUCUCAGAACACAUGGUAUCAAUGGAUAUCUUCAUUGCCAGAUCUUUGCCGGCAUAAUGUACAUGGUGUCAUUCGCAUCAGGUAAGACUAAAUCCCCACCAACCUAUGAUGAUACAGUCGACUAA